CUGCUGCUCUCUCUCAGUCUCUAUUUUCACUCCUGGAAGGCUGGGGAGAGUGAAAGCAACAGGAGCUCUUUCCAGUUCCAUUCUCUGAUGAGUUCUCUAGCUGAAGCCCUCUCCUUACUCUGUGACUGAACUCUUCGGACCUCUUUCCCUGCUCCGUCUCCUGAAUGCAGUUGGUGGGGGAAGCCAUCUGGCAGGACCGUGCACCUCACCAACAACAAAGAGAAAAAUAAGCCAUUUGGAUUCUCCGGCUUGGGGUUUUUUUUGGUACGAACAAGUUUAAAGUUAUUUUUAAAAUGUUGCUCUGAAGGGCAUUCCAGUGGGACCAGUGAGCUCCAGGGAGAGGAGCUGACAGGCGGCUCCAAUUACAGCUGUCCGUGUAAUUUUUGUAUGACAAUACAUUUGUAAAGCAGGACGGCGGGGAGGGUGGGGGAAAGGGGAAGGAUGAGUGGAAACAGCACCCCUUGGGACCAGAUACUUUUCCAGCCCCCUGUAUGUGAGGGCUGGAAGCAGAACGCAGAGGGAGCAGCCUAUCACCUGGGCAAUUGCAUCCUCCUCCUAGGCUACAUGGGGGGAAGUGGGAUCUUUGGCUCCAUCUAUAUCUUCAGCCUUCUGACCACUGGCUACAUCUGCUAUACUCUGUGGGGCUGGCUGGAUGCAUGUGGACUAGACAUCUUCAUGUGGAACAUGCUGCUGGUCAUGGCCUGCUUGAUUCAGCUGGCUCACCUGAUUUACCGGCUCCGCAAGGACACCUUCUUGGAAGAGUUUGACCUCCUCUACAAGACCCUCUGCCAGCCCUUGCAGGUGCCCUUUGAGGUCUACAAAGAGAUCGUGAAAUGCUGCGAAGAACAGGUCCUGUCACUGGCGAGAGACCAGAACUAUGCUGUGGAGGGCAAGACACCCAUCAACCGCCUGUCUCUGCUGCUCUCUGGCAGGAUCAGAGUGAGCCAGGAUGGACAGUUCCUGCACUAUGUCUUCCCCUACCAGUUCCUGGACUCCCCAGAGUGGGAGUCACUGCGACCUUCUGAGGAGGGAACAUUCCAGGUCACGUUGACAGCAGAGACGGACUGCAAUUAUAUCACCUGGCCAAGAAAGAAGCUCUACCUCCUGUUGGCAAAAGAUCGCUACAUCGCCCGCCUCUUCUCGGCCUUCCUCGGCUACGACAUCUCGGAGAAGCUGUACGCCCUCAACGAUAAGGUCUUCACUAAGUUCGGCCUGCGCUUUGACAUCCGCUUACCCAGCCUGUACCACGUCCUGGGACCCGCCUCCUCAGAUGCUGAGGGAGAGAAGGAGCUGGAAGAGUGGGAGGAGCGGGCCGUGCCCCAUCGUCCGAUGCCCACCUUUGUCCAGACAGCUGCCUCAGCUCCUCCUCCUGCCCACCCCAAGGUGACCCGGCCUGACAGUGCCGUGCUGGCUUCUGGAAGCCUUAUCCGGAGUUACCCCUGUGCCCUCUUCAGAGGACGAGCCCCUCUGGCUCCCACCCAGACCCCAGAACUCUAGGGUGCAACAGUCGGUUUUAAUCAGGAAGCCCCACGCAUGAGUGUAUGCUCCCACACCUCUAACCAGAAAGACGCUCAUUAACAUGCACCUACGUGUCCACACAACACCCCUGCAAACACAUGAAGUAUACGCCUGAGACUGAAGUGUGAUGGCUGGACGCUUUCCACACCACAUUCUGUUCACCUACAGUGACACAAGGGAUGGCUGGGUGUUCCUUUUUGUAUUCUAGUCUUUCACCCCCAUGGUCUGUUAACAGCUCUGUUAUCAGCUCCAUUAAACGUGUUGGAAACACAGCAGUA